AUGGGACGAACUUCAGAUGACUUCCCUCCGUUACCUUUACGAAAACGAUCCUUGUUACCACCAUUGGAAGAACAAACGAGCGAAUGUCGACAACUGGAUCCUGCGAAACAUUGCUUUUUUGCUGGCGACAGUUCGCGUGUGCAAGAGCUUUUCAAUUUGAAAUUGCAACGCAACGGGUACUAUGAAGGAUACAACAUCUCCAUCAACCCCACGGUGGCAAAUGCUUUCGGAACAGCCGCAUUCCGAUUUGGACACUCCCUGGUGCAACCAAAGCUGAAACGAUGUGACAAAUUUCACAGAAUAGUGCCAUUUGAUGUGGAAUUGCAUCGGGAAAUGAUGGAUCCUGCUCCACUGCACGGAACUGGAGCCGUGGACCGUUUGGCUCUCGGACUCGCUGCCCAAGAAGCUCAAAACCGCGACGAAUUUGUCACCGAUCAAUUGACCAACCACUUGUUUCAGGCUCCCGACGGAGACUUCGGUAUGGAUUUAGUGUCAAUCAACAUCCAACGUGGUCGGGAUCACGGACUUCCUCCUUACAAUAUUUGGCGAGAGCGGUGUUCGCUGAAAAAAGUGCGAAAUUUCAGCGACCUGUUGGAUGUGAUGCACGACGACACAGUUGGCAGACUGCGAAUGGCUUAUUCAGACGUGCAAGACAUCGACCUGUUCACUGGAGGACUGUCGGAGAGACCGAUUGUCGGAGGACUCGUUGGACCGACUUUCGCGUGCAUUUUAGCACAGCAGUUCAUGAAUCUUCGUCGAGGUGAUCGAUUCUGGUAUGAAAAUGGAGGCUUCAGGUCGUCGUUCACUCAAGCACAACUGAGCCAAAUCCGACGAUCGUCGCUGUCUCGGGUCAUGUGCGACAACCUGGACGACAUCGACACGAUCCAGCUGCGAAUUAUGGAGAUGGCAAAUGUCGAAGGAAAUGCGAGACAUCCGUGCAGAAGUCCGAAUAUUCCGAGCAUGGAUUUCAUUCCCUGGCGAGAGAUUUCGAGGCCAACUUUUUUCUCACCUUCGGAAAACGAUUCGCCGGGUUCCACGCAGUCUUUGAACACGAACGAGUUGCGGGCCGAGGACGAGUUUUUCAGAGCAUUCGAGAGGAAAUCUGAAGUGAAUCCAACAAGUACCUAUGACUCAAUUUUGCCGCAACCCUUCGGUCUAAAUUCCUACGAAGACGAGAUCGAGAGCAGGACCCACGAAAACGACGACGAGCCGAGUGUCAUCAGAGAAAAGGAAUCCGCCGUCAGGAACAUUUUGACUGACCAUUCAAGAGUUGAUAAGUUCAUUCGAGAAGCACGUGAUUCAUCAAAACGCCUUGCCAAGGAUCAAAAUAAAUUUGUUUUCUCAUUCGAUGAGCAAACCCACGAACGCAGAUCAGGAUGAUGUUGAAUGUAAUUGUGAGAAAACUGAGGCUGAAACACUCUAUAUGGAAACAUCGUCUGAAACUUAUUUAAGUGGAUAAUGGGGCGUGGAAGAUGGCAGAUGCAGUACUAUGUCAGCGACCAGGAGAGAGUUACCUGAAAAGUUUGCAAACAAAAAGCAAAAAAAAAAAGGUCGCAAAACACACCUCGUCUUUCAAAUUUAUGAGCAUGAUUCCUCUCAGUGAAUCUUGUAAGCGAGUUACCAGAUUUUUUUCUCUUAUUUAUUUUUGUCUUUUUCGGCAUCGUUACUUCGUGUCCGAUUUUUCUCUUACCCUUACCUCGAGUCGGGUUGAAUUUUUAUGGUUUCCCCACCCCGCGAAAAAGAAACCCGCGGUCCGCCUGCGUGGAAAAGUUACCAAAAUUGCGAGACCUCUUAUAUUUAUUUGUCUUGCCCUGAGGGCGAGUUAUAUGUGUCUCGAAAAGAUGUACAUAGUCGGUGUCGUGGAUGCCUUUGUGCUGUAUAGUACGCGAAUGGGGUCCUGAGCCCUGACCGGAAAUGACGUCGGGCCGAUUGCUUACCAAGUCUUUCAGAAACCUCGGAGGUACAUAUGUGCUCGUCGCGGGUCGACUAAGUAUGCAUAUGUUUACACUCACUCGCUGUUUGCCCCCCUUUUUAUUGUUCGUUGGAUCUGGAUUCGACUUCCAAAGUGUGAUGUUGCUCUGAGGAUUCUCUCUUCACAGCGGUGUAUUUUUGUGUCAUACGUGUGUUGGAGUGACCGAUAAAAACGGUUUCUAAAAAAGACAA